AUGUCAGAUCCCUUCAACAUCGAUAAUGAUGAUCUAAUCAUCCAGUCGGAUAACGAUCAGCAGAAAUCGGCUUUCCCUGAACCAAUGCAAGAUGUCACUAUUGACUCCAGUUCACAUGGGAUUAACAAUUCCAUUGACAGCUCUGAGCGCAGAGGUCAUCAAAAAACUUUCACCGGUGGACCGUUUUCUCUAAACUAUUAUAGAAAGUAUUUUGACCUCAAUACCAAGGACUUCUUUGCCAAUUGCUGGAAAAGCUUGAAUCCUUUCACUAAGCUCGAUCAAUACGAGUUUCAACAGGUCGGUGAUCUGUACGGCCCGGUCUGGAUUACGGCCACGCUUAUCUUUUUGCUUUUCUUUUGCAAUUCUGUCGCCCAGAUAAUCACCUCUUGGCUCCUAAACAAGUCUGAAGAUGAUACUGAGACGUUGCAUAUCAACUACUUCAAGAUUCUACUUUCUUCCAUCAAUUUGCUAUAUGGUUACAUUUUUAUUGUUCCUUUAUUGCUCUGGGCAGUGUUGAGGUUUUAUUUCAAAGUUGUGAACGUCAUUCCCGUGACCAAAUUGAUCUCGAUGUACUCCUAUUCAAAUAUACUUUGGAUUCCUGCCGCCCUACUAUCAGUUUUCAGAGGUCUUUUGGCUAACCAUAACAGCUUGGAUGCUGCUCUAAAAUGGCUCUGUAUAGUUAUGGGUUCCAUAUUAAGUGGUGCAGGCAUACUGGUAAGGUUGCACCAAUAUUUUUCGGUAAUAUUUGGCAGUGAAUCCGAGCAAGACAGUAAAAAGCACCUUGGUGUUCUUAUGGGGGCCUUAAUUUUGGCGCAUGUUGGCUUCUCUUUAGGUGUUAAAAUGUGCUUCUUUGGAAAGUUAUAA